AUGCAAUUUAAGACAACCUCAAAACAAAGCUAUAACAAAAGUUUGAAAAAAGAGAAUUUAAGUGAGGUGGGAUACAAUCAUACCACACUCAAGAGGUAUCUGUUUCUGUGGGAGAAAAACCAUUUUUUGACUCAAAAAAUUCUAUUCAAAACUAUUUAUAAUCAUAAAAAUAUGAGAGAAGAGUUCAGUGCAAAUGGUGUGAGGUCAAUCUCUUCAGAAGUUCGUAGCGAUCUUGUUGUCCACGUGAAUGAAACACGAUAUUUGCUUCACAAGUUUCCACUUCUGUCAAAAUGCGUGAAGUUGCAGAGACUCUGUUCUGAGAACCCUGAAUCCUCUCACCUUCAAAUAACCCAACUCCAUGAUAUCCCAGGAGGCAGCAAGGCUUUCGAGUUAUGCGCAAAAUUCUGCUAUGGAAUCACAAUCACCAUCAGUGCGUACAACAUUGUAUCUGCUCUAUGUGCAGCCAAAUACCUUCAAAUGACCGAAGAUGUUGAAAAGGGGAAUCUAGUUCAUAAGCUUGAGGUAUUCUUCAACUCUUGUAUUCUGAAUGGCUGGAAAGAUUGCAUCGUAACUCUUCAAACGACAAAGCCAUUCAAGUUACAGUCGGAGGAAUUGGGUAUUACAACCCGCUGUAUCGAAUCCGUGGUGUCAAAAGUCAUUUCUAACCCUUCCAAGGUAAGCUUAUCACAUAAUCAAAACGGGGAAAGAGAAGUCAGUGAUACAAACAAAAAGUGGUGGGGUGAGGAUAUUUCAGAGUUGAGGAUCGAUCUUUAUUGGAGAACAAUGGCAACUCUCAAAUCCGGAGGGAAAGUGCCUGCAAAUCUUAUAAGUGAUGCUUUGAAAAUUUACACUUCAAAAUGGCUGCCAAAAAUUUCAAGAAAUCUUCAAAUCGUGUCAAGUUCGAAUGGUGAAUCGGAAUUGGAAUCCUCGAACGCAAAUGCUAGUAGAUUGCUAUUGGAAUCGAUAAUUACUUUACUCCCGAUGGAAACCAAUUCCGUUUCUUGUAGCUUUUUGCUCAAACUAUUAAAAGCAGCCAAUGUGCUUCAAGCUUCGGCUUCUUCAAGAUUGGAAUUAGCAAGAAGGGUUGCACUGCAAUUAGAUGAAGCUAAAUUUAUGUUACAAAAGCAAAGUCAAAAGACAAGUCCUCUAAGAACAAAUGGCGAUCGUGAGUGCCAGGAAAGCAGCCGAUCUUCUUCUUCAACGAUAAACGGUUCCAUGGUCAAAGUCGCAAAGCUUGUAGAUGGAUAUUUACAAGAGAUUUCUAGAGAUGUGAACGUGCCAUUGUCGAAGUUCAUUUCUUUGGGUGAAUCGAUUCCUGAACUCGCUAGACUGAAUCAUGACGAUCUUUACAGAGCCAUUGACGUGUAUCUCAAGUCGCACCCAGACCUCACCAAGAGUGAAAGGAAGCAUCUUUGUCGAACACUGGAUUGCAAAAAGCUAUCUUUUGAAGCAUGCAUGCAUGCAGCACAAAAUGAGUUUCUACCAUUACGUGUGGUAGUACAGGUGCUAUUCUUUGAACAUACACGUGCUGCCAUGGCUAAUGGGCACCUGACCGGGCUGCCCGGGAACAUCAAGGCACUGUUAGCUGCUAAAGGCAAUGGAACAAGCCCACAUGGUUCAGAAACCGUAAGCACAAACAUGAGCACACCUCAAGGAGAUCACGAGCAGUGGGUCAAGCCAACAAAGUCAAGGAUGAAAAUAGCAGUAGAUGAAAAUCCUGAUGAUGGUUCUUCAUGUUUGGUUCCUAGACGGAGGAUGUUUAGUAGGUUGUGGUUGAUGAAUCGUAGUGAAAUCGAAAUCAAAAACAAAGCUGAAAAAGUUGUCAACUGUGAAUAGGAGAUUCGACUUGCAUUGGUCUUUUGUGGCUUACUAAACGUUUUGAUGCAUUAUAUUAAAGUGUAUUCGAUGAAUAUAUAUACAAAAUGGUAUUGCAAUAUGAAUGAGAAUAAUAUCAAGUGAAUGAGACUAAAAAGAUGUAUAACGAAUCACUCUUCUAAGUGUUAAAAGGUUGUUUAGACGUUUGCUUCUUAUUUUUAAUUAAAUAUUUGAUGGCAAUUGAGGGUUCAAAAUGUGUUUGUUAUUCCUAUAAAUGUGAAUCAUGCAUGAUGAUCUUUACAGAGCCAUUGACGU